CUACUUUUCUCACUAAUUAUUUUAUAUCUUAAAUCUAAAAUUUUCGAAGAGUUGAAUCGCUAUGCCCAUCAAAAUCUCAGCCUUGGCAACAAUAUACAUUGAAUCAUGCAGGAGGCAUGCUGUUACACCGAGCACUGUAUUUUUAUCUGCUCUAUUUAAGGCUGAUGUUCUUAGAUCCCAUCAUGAGGUAUGUGUACUGGAGAUUUUAUUGGACCAUAUGAAGGAUAUUGAUUUUCACCCACUCCUUGAAGUGACUAUGAGAAUCAGUGAAUCUGAGAUUGAAGCUGUUGAUGUGCUCAAUGAAUCAUCUUGUGCAUUGAGUGGAGAAUAUGCUUUGUUACUGAUGCGAUCUAUUGGUCAGAAACUUCGAAUAGUUGAUCUCCAGGAUUUAUCAUUUGGGAAAGACUUCUUGCGGGAUCUUUCUCAUCGAGGUCUACAGUGCCAAGUUCUAAACUUGAGGUCUUCGCAUUUUCGAAAGCUCAACUUGGUCGGUGAAUUUAUGUGGCUGCACUCCCUUAACCUUGACUAUAGCACUACUCUCAGUAGCUUCCGGGAGGAUUGUUUUUCUUGCAUGCCGAAUCUGAUUUGUCUCUCAAUGUGUGAGACCAGAAUUUCCAACUUAUGGACUACAAUUGCAGCAGUUUCCAAACUUCAGUCAUUGGAGGAGCUUAGGUUUCAAAAUUGGUUAUGCUGCAAUGAUGUUGGAUCCUCUGGAUCAUCCAUUGGUUAUUAUCAGACUGGACCCAGUCAGCUGAGCAGUGCAUCUUUACCUGGGCUGGCAACUGCUAGUCUUGAUUUACUUGUAGAUCUUGAUGUCAUGACUGAACAUGCAAUAAGAAAUUUGCUUCCAUUCAGUAUGAAUCAGAAUUUUCAAAGCACAAAUGAGGACUCUUCAGAUGAUAGCGAAAUAGAUUUUUCUAUUCACAUAGAGAAUUCUGACAUGGACUUGUCAUCCAAUCCACCUCCUGGGUGGAACAGAGAAAUUAAUCAUAUAAGUGAGGUUUCUUCUGUUGCAUUAUCAAAUCAAAAUGGAGAAGAGUCUUCUGAAGGUGCUUCCUCAAGGAAUGUUGCAGAUGUUUCGUUUAAGUACAUUUCUGAACAUGCUUCACCGAUAUGCUUUCAGAAACAUUAUAGGGAAUACAUGAUAGCUUCAAUACCGCAGUUGAAAGUUUUGGAUAACUUACGUAUCAGAAAUAUUGACAGAGAAAUGGCUAAUGUAACUUUUUUUAAACAUUUUGAAUACCUUCCUUAUAGAAGAAACGAUAAAGAAAAUGUUGUUAGUAUAUUGCUGAAGCGUGAACUUAGAGCAAAGCACUCUAACUUACGAAUACCAAAGCAAAUGCCAUUGGAUCCUGCUGGGAAGUCGCAAUAUUUUUAUACCCGAUCUCUCUGUGCUGCAAAAAUGGGGUCUUCAGCUUGGCCAUGUCUGCAUUCACUGUCUUUCACAGGCAGCAAUGUGGGAGGUGAAAUCCAGAGCUUUCGUCCAAGGCAGUUUGAGUAUCAUCCAACUAACUCCGGCCUAAUGGUCUUUGGAACUUUAGAUGGUGAAGUGGUUAUUGUUAACCAUGAAAAGCAGAAAAUUGUUAGUUACAUUCCUUCACUUGGAGCAAUGAAUAGUGUGUUGGGGCUCUGUUGGCUCAAGAAGUAUCCCUCUAAGCUGAUAGCUGGUUCAGAUAAUGGCUCACUGAAGCUGUAUGAUGUUCAGCAUUUCCCAUCAACUUCCAACAGAAUGCAUGGUGGUUAUGGCUCUGUCAACUUUGAAGAGUUUGACCAAUUAACAUCUGUUCAUGUUAACUCUACGGAUGAACUCUUUCUUGCAAGUGGGUACUCAAGAAACGUGGCUCUGUACGAUAUCAACAGCGGAAGACGGCUCCAAGUGUUCACUGAUAUGCACCAAGAACACAUUAAUGUAGUCAAGUUUUCGAACCAUUCCCCAAAUAUUUUCGCCACUUCAUCAUUUGAUCAGGAUGUUAAAAUGUGGGAUUUGAGACAGAAGCCAACAACGCCAUGCUACACAGCUUCAAGCUCUAAAGGAAAUGUGAUGAUCUGCUUCUCUCCAGAUGAUCACUAUCUUCUCGUCUCAGCCAUUGACAAUGAGGUCAAACAGCUUCUGGCUGCUGAUGGUAGCCUUCACCUGGAAUUUAAUAUACCUUCUACUGGAAGCUCGCAGAAUUACACUCGCUCCUAUUAUCUAAAUGGUAAAGAUUAUAUUAUCAGUGGGAGCUGUGACGAACAUGUUGUUCGUAUCUGCUGUGCUCAAACUGGGAGGCGUCUCAGGGACAUUUCCUUGGAGGGAAAAGCUCCAGGGAGUUCAAUGUUUGUGCAAUCAUUGAGGGGGGAUCCCUUUAGGCCUUUCAACAUGAGCAUCCUGGCUGCCUAUACUCGACCAAGCUCGAAAUCCGAAAUAGUCAAGGUCAAUUUGCUGGCUUCUUCAGUGUGUAGCAAGGAAUCUUCUCCUGGUGGGAGCGCCUUCCCUUUCGAUAAUAUGGGAGGUUAAUUUGUGUAACACAUACAAAAGCUCCCUUUCAAUAUGUUGAACAAUCACAGUUCACAGGUUAGAACAGAGUAAAUAUUAAACUAACAAAUAUAAGCAUUGUAAAAUAUAUAUAAGGAUUAUUUUCAAAUAU